GCCAAAAGAGCCACCAAAGUCUCACAGUGCGCGCGCUGAGUACCCAAGAGUCGGUUGCGAGUUGCUGAGGAGCCGUUUUAACGAGUGCACACCGAUCACGGCUUCAGAAAGGGUUUAGGCGGCACACAGCGCAGGUGCUCUCCGGUGGCAAAAUGCCGAAGAGCCUCCUCGACAUCCUCGUGCCCCCGUCGGCGUGCGUGCGCGGCGGCAAGCUAACAAUUCCAGCGUUUGAGCACCUCAUGGGUGGAAUAAUGUGCGGCCUCGCCGCCUACCUGACGCACACCGUCUCCCCAAAAUUUGUCUACAUGUCCUUCUUCGUCUCGUUCAUGCUGGUGCAGUGCGCCGUCACUGGUUUCUCGCCGCCGCGCUUGAUGGGCACCUACGUGCUCGGACUGAAGCGGGACUAAAUGGCGUUCGACGAGUCGCGGCUGCGGGCGCUCGUGCGGGGCGACAGCUGCGUCCUCCGGCCGCAGACGUAUUUUGUCGCGUGGAACGGCGUGCUGACGCUUGUCUACGAGGGCUUUCCGCCCGUGUUGGCCGGCAUCAAAGCCAGGCUCAACGAGGAAGACGCUCUGCCCCCGGAGAACUUCGGCUCGCGGUGGCCGAAGACGACGCUGGCGGCGCUGCAGGACGACGCCCCUCCGCUCUCGUUGGCGGAAUUGACGCGCCUGCGGGCGCUGUGCGAGGAGCACGCCUCGAAGCUGAGCCUGCGCGUGCCUGUCGAGCGCCUGAGCUUCGUGUCGUACGACCAGCGCGGGCUCGAAUCGGUCCGCGAGCGCAGCGAUGUGGCCCUCGGGUCGGCCGUCGAUGACGGCGAGCCGUCGGAUGCGGAGCAAGCACGCGUCCGCGGCGUGCUGGACGAGUGGUCGGAUUUGGAGACUUAUCUCCCGCGCGUCAACGCGCCGGGCUCCCGCAUCGGCUCGUACCGCGAGUCUUCACCCGCCGGACAGACGCUCGUGGCGUUUAUCGGAGGCUCAGAGCUUCGGGAGCUCGUUGCGCAAUUCCGCUCGGCGGUCGACGCGCUGCUGCCCGGCCGCUACGCGUGGCUCGACGACGCGUCGCUGCACUGCACCGUCCGAGCGCUCGGCGUAUCUACGUAACCACGAAAUCAAUUUA